GAAGGGGCAGGGCCACGCUGGGGAUUCCAGGAGGCUGUGAGCGACCUGAUUGGUGGAUCGGCCGUGACGUGAGGCGGAGGGAGGUGUGUCUGUGACAGGAAGCGGAAGCAGACUCGAGUGCUAGGCUGGGUGUUACGUCAUCGGUGUGCGCCUCAUCCGGAGCCAUCGUGGUAACACGUGAGGACAGCCUGAGCUUCGGUAAGAACGGAACCACCUCUGACUGUCACAUGUUCCCUUUAUAUCAGUGCAUUGCGGGCAGCAUGGACCUCACAAUGCAACCGCUUUAAUAAACCUCUAACUGCUCCACUCUCUCUCUCUCCCUGGCACUCACUAACCCCCUCACUGCCCCUCUCCCUGGCACUCACUAACCCCCUCACUGCCCCUCUCCCUGGCACUCACUAACCCCCUCACUGCCCCUCUCCCUGGCACUCACUAACCCCCUCACUGCCCCUCUCCUGCUAUUCAUUAACCCCCUCACUGCCCCUCUCCUGCUAUUCAUUAACCCCCUCACUGCCCCUCUCCUGCUAUUCAUUAACCCUCUCCUGCUAUUCAUUAACCCCCUCUUCUGCCAUUCCUUUACCCCCUCGCCGCCCCUCUUCUGCCAUUCCUUUACCCCCUCGCCGCCCCUCUUCUGCCAUUCCUUUACCCCUUCGUCGCCCCUCUUCUGCCAAUCAUGUACCACCUUACUGCUCCUCCAUUAUCAGUGCCCACCACAUUAAACCUUUAUAAAGUGUCUGGGUCUGGCCCAGGUUUCCCUGACAGCUUUGAGUUUUACUUGCCCUUUUGUAGUACUUGAUCUGUGCUUGUCAGCAGAAUGUUAAAUACCCAAGCUGCCAGAGGUUAUCCAGUAAUUCAUCAUCAAUCUUCCUAUAGAAUAUCUUGAGUUCUGCAGAAUGUGACAUCUUUUCAGGAAGCAUAUUUUAAGUGGAAUAUACAGCUAUUCAUGAAAUUGUCUGAAGUUCCCCCAUCACCUAUUCACUGCUCUAUUUCUCAAAAAGCAGGUUUUCCCAAUUCUUUUCCUGUACAAUUAUAUGCACUAUAUAUGUUCUAUAUCUGGGGGGGUGUAAUAUGUAUUACCAUCAUUACAAGUUUCAACCCUACACUGUCUCUUUGUCAUCUUUCCUGGUAUUUCUCUGCUCAUAGCAGCACUACCUUUAUUACUGUGUUUGGAUUGGUUAGCAGACCAGUCACAGUAAAUGAUAUAGUGUUGCAAUGGCCCUAGAGAAACUAAUAUUGCCAGGGUUGUUUGAUAAAUUUGUCAGAGAAAUUAAUAUAUAACGCAAAAAUAGCCAAUCCAGAAGAAAAAAAACCUCUGCUAUUUUGGACUAAUAUUUAUGUUUGCCUGAUGAAACAAAAUAGAUCAUGGUUUGAUGAUCAUAUUUAUGCCCUCCAUUUGUUUCACUCUUUAUGCUGUUGUUUUGAAAUAUCGAGUGGUUCUGUAGUAAUUAACCCAUACACGCUUUCUACACGUGACGGUUGAUAUGUCAUUCUAAAUGCAGAAAUAAAGGGACACGUCAGGUACCAUAACAACCUUAUUGGAAUCAGGUUGCUGUGGUCUCCAGUGCCAGCUUACCUUCAGGGGUUAAACCAUUAACGGACGUCUUAACCACACAGUUUUUUUUAUUGUGGUAGUUUUCAACUCUGCCUAGCUACUUCCAUUUAAAUCCAAGGACUUUCUGCUUGAAGCCUCGGGCUCAAACGGACGUUGCUGAGAGCAUCGGUUCCAGACUGAAGCCUCGGAUUGGAAUGAAAGGGAUGGUGCAGAGCUCACAUGUAGGCUGAAUAUCCCCCAUACUGUAUACCAUUCGUUAACUGUUUAACCCCUGAAGGUAAGUCAACGAACAGGACCUCCUUGCACAAUAACUUAAAGUGGUACCUGAAAAAAUCUAUAUUUCAUAAAGAUAUAAUCUACAGUCAAGAGAUAUAGAGAGACAACAAAGUCCCUAGACAACGACCGUGCUGCUUUAAUUACGAUUAAGUGAUUCUGAUGCCAGGAAUGUUCCUUUAAUGUAUUAGUGCUCCUGUCAUGACCGACAUGAUUUUGUGUUAAAUUAGAGCUAAUGUUCAUCUACACAAUAUAUUUGCACAGUGUGUAGACUGAAUAUAUAUCUAUGUGAACUUGCCAUGUACAUUAUUUGUGUAUGUAACAUUAGAAGUGGACAGGGGGAGGGGGUCCUAACAGCCGAGCUGGCAAGACGUGUGCACAGUGAGCUCUGACACAAACAGGCUCAAAAUCUCGACUAAAGCUGUCCUGCUCGCUGAUAAUCCAUAGCUGGAUAGUGUGGGAGCAUGUGGACACCCGUUUUGUGCAACUCUGGCGAGAAAAAACACGCUCCACCGAUGCGGCCUAGCAAGGAAAGCGGCCUAGUGGUAGGGAGAGGCAGCCAAUCUCUCGCCCUGGGGGCUGCUAUAAGCAGCAUCCCCCCCCCCCCCUCUGGACCAGUGGGGGUCAUCCCCGGUCCCCACUGGGGAAUCUCACGAACUUGCCACAAGAGGCUGGUCCGCCGGAGCCGAGGUCGCAGUUUGGCCCCAAAAUGGUCGCAGAGCCAAUGCAUUUUGAGGCUCGAUUUGACCAAAUAUGCCAGGAAUUCUGGCACCGUAUGGAGCACAAAAACACCCACCCUGCUCUACCUGUUACGAAGGGAAGGAGGCUGCGGCAGCAACUUACCGGUCCAGCGACCACACGAAGCGGCAUCCAUCUUACAGACGGACCUGCCGUCUGACUCUCCCGACGCCUCACCGCACAGCUGCAUGCCAACAUCAACCACCCACCUCACAACCUUGCUGCAGCCUCUCCGCACGUCACUCUGGUGGAGAGCACAUGUAUGGCAAUGCAGACCCAGAGCACAGCGGAGGCCCAGAGAGCAGUAUCUGACAAUACUGGAUGGCAUUUCAGCUGCCGCGGAUCAAGAACACAAGGGCGCCCGGGACCGUAGCGGCCCUUACCUGCAGAGUGGCGGAUCCUUGCUCCCAAGAGGUGACAGCCUGCUAUCAGCAGGCAUCGGUUAAACAACCCCAGGCAGAAACACUCACCAACAUAGAGCAUACCCCCACCUGCUGCCAGGGGACGAGCAAAAUAAAUCCAAUAGCUCAUCCUUCCUCUGUACCCUCCCUGAUAGAAGUGCUACCCCAGGGUCAUGUUGCUGGACCCGUUAGCGUUUACUUUUAACCCUCAGCCCUUAGUAGCCACACAAGUAAUACAACCAGCCCAGGACUGCACCUACUCUCAGUGGACAUUGUGCUCUUACUUUCAUCCUCAUUUUGAUUUCAGUCUCGUUUUCACUACAAUAUGUGAAUAAACUAGUCGCACUAAAUUAGCAUGAUGCCCACUGUACAUAACCACAUUUUAAUAUGCUUAAUUACCCUAACAUGUUAUAUUAUAUAAGCAAUGCUUAUUAGCCUGAUAUUUUCAUGAUUGUAAAAAAUGUGCCGAUCAAACUGCCACACUUUUAAAAUGUCUUGAAAACGCAUGUAGAUGCUUUUGUGGCUCUGCACACUUGUCGUCGUCGUCAUAUGCACAAGAAAAAUAAAGAAUAAAAAUAAAUAAAAAUAAAGUGGAUAAAGGACAUUUUUACAAUAAAAGCAAACAGUUAGAACAAGGGCAUACUAUUUGAAAUUGGAAAUGGGGAACACUGAGGAAAUUACAUUUUAGUAGGUACCUGAAAUAGCCUUUUAGGGAAAGUAAAAUUUGUAUUUGUUAGAAAUGUAUAUUCAAGGCAUUUAUCAGGGGACCAUACACUAUGUAAUUCUCAUACUUUUUUGUACAGUUCCAGCAUGGGUAGGAAACUAGACCCCCUGAAGAAGGUGCCACGAGGACCUGGUCGAAAAUCCAGAAAACAACACGGAGCUGAGAAUGAACUGAAGAAUAUCCUUACUGAGGGUGAGUUUUCAUAUCAACACACAACACGAUAUUUCUAACCAAAGAGUGUUAUCGACAGUUAUUACCAAAUUUAAAGAGAAAUUGAAGCUUAAAGUAGGGUUAGCACUCUUGCUGGGAGUAACCCAGAUGACUGGAAAAAUCUCAAAUGAAAACGGGAAUUAAGUGCCCUAAUUUGGAGUUAACACUUUUUUUUUUUUUUUUUACACAGAAUAAAAAGAUGAAAGAAAACAUUCAAUUACUGUGUUGCUUGUUGUGCUCAAAAUGAGGAUAAAAACAAAGGAAAUAUUGUUAUGAGAUCUUGAGAGAAACGUAUAAGACAAUAGUCAGUAGACUUUACCAAUCAAGUACAGAUCUAAAUGUAUCACUAGUCAACCUGCAUGAUUCUGCAUUAUUAAUACUAACAAUUGUGUUAUUACAGCCUAGGUGACUUUACUAAUUGUGUAUUGACACAUCCUUUGUAGCUGACCUGCAAGUUCAAUUUAGAUACAGUGCAGGCAGCUUAUUUUACUAAUCCAGCCUAGUUCAAAAUGUAUCAUUAGUCAAGAUCUCAUUAUAACAAUAGUUCCUUUGUUUUUAUCCUCACUUUAAGCACAACAAGCACCACAGUAAUUAAAUGUUUUCUUUUUUCCCUCAUCCUUUUUAUUCGUUAACAAUAAGUAAUGUUUUAACUCCAAAUUAGGGCACUCAUCUUUGAGAUUUUAAAGAUCAGUUAGGAACAUAGAAGAAUAUAGCUAUGUUUUAGCUGAAAACUAUUCCUUUUAAGUUUAGUAAACCGUAAGUAAUGAAUCGUAAAUAAAACACUUUGCAAAAUUCACGCUUAAGUAGCCAAGCCGCAACUAUAACAGAGUUGAAGCCCGUAUUCAGGAGAUCAGAAUCUUGGAAUAAAGACUGUAUCUUUAUGAAACCGUCAUUUAAAUGGGGAUGGUAUUGUACUAUGUUUUGUCUGUUUUAUCUUAUUGAACUAAAAUCUGAAGUGGUUCAAAGAAAACCCCACAAAACCUAGCAUGCGUCUAUUAUAACUAUCUCUGGGCAAUUAUCCUGUUCCAGUGUGUUAUGGUGCUUAUUGACUGUAUAAUUUGAAAGCAUAUAAUUUAUAUAUAUAUAUAUAUAUAUAUAUAUAUAAUUCUAUGUAUUCUUAUGUUUAGAUGUCCCUCCACUCUUGGCCAGUUUUCAGAAAUUGACAUUUCUCCUUUUCUUUGUCUUCAGAUUCCGAUGUAAAACGACUGUCCAGACGCGGCAGGAAGAGGUGAGACUGCUUCAGCUCCGUUCUUUUCUGAGGUUUAAUAUUCAAGCCAAGUGUUGCCUUUUUCUAACGUGCCUUAUUCAUCCCAUAACAGGGCGGCUAAGAGGCGAAUCGUAGAGGAAAACCCCCCUGUGGUGAAGUCAACAGCAAAGCAAAAUGGUAAGUACAAUGUUUGUUUUUUUCACUUACCGUUAUACUUCCAUUUCUGUGCUGUGCCCUGAAGUCCUCACCUCUUUGUACCCUGCAGGUAGUGGGCAAACUGAUACUAAAGAGGAAAAGGUUACUGGUGGAUUUAGUGAUGAGAAUUCCCAAUGGUUGAAACCUGUUAAACGAGCACGAAAAGAAAUGCCAAGCCAAGUGGAUAGUGAGGAUGAAGAGGAAGGCCACAGUGAGGAAGAGACCAUGGAUGAAGAAGAGGAGCAGGUAGAGGAGGGCGAAAAUGAGGAGGAGGAGGAAGAAGAGAGUGAGGACGAGGAAGGCCAGAGUGAUGAGGAGUCUGCAGGAGCACUUUCCAUGUCGGACAGUGACGAUUUAGAGGAUGAUUUUGGAAUCUCAUCAGAGGAGGAUGGGGAGGAAGUAAGCAUAUCUUAAGUUUUGUGCUAUUCUUGUCCCCACUGCUGCGGGAUGUUUUAUAACUUUUUUUUUUUUUUAUCUUUUCUUUUGUAGCUUCUCCCAAUAGAAAAAGAAUCUGCUAAACUGAAACAGAAAAAGCUGAAAAAGAAGCAAAUGAGGUUGGACACCAAACUUUUGAGAUAUUAACUUUUCUUAUGGUUGCACUAAGGAUAUUUUUGGGGGAAUGCUUGUGCACAAUCCAUGACAUUGUUUUAAUAGUUAUCAUUGGUAUUGGCUUAAAGGGACACAAUAGGCACCAAAGCAAUUUGCAUAAUGAAGCAGUUUUGAUGUACGUCUCACUGCUCAAUUCUCUGCCAUUUAGGAGUUAAAUCACUUUUUUUCCUAAAAAAAAAAAAAAAGAAAGAAAAGUAAACCUUUGAUUUGAAUAAUUUUUUUAUUUUUUAUUAAGGCUGUGCAAGUCACAGCCAGGGGAGGUGUGACUAGGGCUGCAUUGACAGAAAGAAACCUGAUUUAACUAUUUAAUGGCAUGUAAUUAAGCCGUGAGACUUCAGAGGGAUGAUCUAUACACCAAAACUGCAUCAUUGAGCUAAAGUUGUGUUUUUUUUUUUGUUUUUUUUUUUUUUACUAGAGUCCCUUUAAGAAUGUUUGUUUAUUGCAAGGUUAUUGUCCAUUCACUCACAUGUGUUUAAUCUACACUGCUUCUGGCUCGUGGAAGCCAGUCAUCCGCUUCGUACACACACUGGCCUGUGCUCGAAGCUUGACAUCUGUUUAUUCCACACACUUUCUGUCUUGCGCUGGCAUCUACACCAGUGGGAUCUCAAUUUGAGCAGUGUUGAGAAAUGCUUAAAACCAGGACUGUUGGUUUGUCUGGAGGGAUGGGUUGGGAACGAGAUGUACUGUCUUGCACUGCCCUCUGAUUACAAGCUCUUGUGCAAUCACUAUUUGUAUUCCCAUGCUCAAAUGGACCCUAUGUAACAUGCAAACUGCCCCCUGCUCCUUCCACCAUGUUUAUUUACACACAUACACUUCCAUCUAAGUCUGUUUUCUGUCCUUUCUACAGUGAGAAGGCCCAAGAGGGGAAGGAGUCUACCAUUCAGCUCAAUGUGGAUGCAGAGGAGCCAUUCCAAAUUCCAACUAACGAGGAGAUGGAAAAUGAAUGUAUCCUUGAAUUUGUUUACCAUAAAAAUGUCUCAUUCCACACAUUCCCAUCUUGUUCAUUGGUACCAGGCAAUGCUCACCCAUAGUCCUGCCUCUUACCUGCGUUUCUACCAGUACCCAAAUAACUUUUUAAUUUAUAUCUUUAAAGAGUCCAAUCUCCCAACCUUGCUUCUUCCUUUAUUCUUAAGUCAUACUUAUGUUCUUCAGUGACUUUUCCUUAACCCCGCAUGUAGUGCUGAAUGCCCCAGAUCUUUCCACUGUCCAGGAGCGCAUUAAAGAUGUGGUGGGAGUUCUGCAGGAUUUUACUAGUCGCGGGGGACCUCAUUCACGUCAGGACUACCUCAACAUUCUUCGCAAAGAUCUUUCUACUUACUACAGCUAUGGAGACUUCAUGCUUCAGAUCCUCAGUGAGCUGUUUCCCGUGUCAGAGGUGAGGGACGCUGAAUGUACUUUUCCAGUGGACCAUUGAGCACAAGGUUUCUUGACUGAUGCAUUACCCUCUCACCUUUUGUGUAACUCACUGUUUCUGUUCAAUCUGUACCCCACUUGUUUUGACACCCAUUCUUGCCCCUACAUCUACUUGAUGCCCUUACAUCACAUACCCUUUCUUUGUCUGUAUUAACCUUUGUGUGUUUUUUCUUUCUUUCUCAGUUGGUUGAUUUUCUGGAGUCCUGUGAGGUUCAACGUCCAGUCACAAUCAGGACCAACACGUUAAAGACCCGCAGGAGAGAUCUAGCACAGGUAUAACUGCUUCACCUCACAAACCUGUUAUCUAGACUUUCCCUCAUCCUUUUAAAACCCACCUUUUUACUGAGUUUCCACAUUCUGCCUUUCUUUUUUCCACCUUUUCCAUAGUAUCCUCUUGGUUCAACUUGUUUGUGCGUUUAUUGUAAGCAUUUCUUUCUCUGCAUCCACUCAGGCUUUGAUUAACCGUGGAGUAAACUUAGAUCCUUUGGGUAAAUGGUCGAAAACUGGACUUGUUAUAUACGAUUCAUCUGUUCCUAUUGGUGAGUUUGUGAGUACAAAGUUGGUGGUCUUGGUGUGUGUGUGUGUGUGUAUACCGUGUAUAUUUACAUUUGCUUUAAUGCUGCAGGUGCCACCCCUGAAUAUUUGGCUGGUCACUACAUGUUGCAGGGAGCAUCUAGUUUGCUCCCAGUGAUCGCGUUGGCUCCUCAGGAGAAUGAGAGGGUUCUGGAUAUGUGCUGUGCUCCAGGAGGAAAGACCAGCUAUAUGGGUAAGACGUCCUCUGCUCUUCUUCCAUCAUGGCACCCACCUGCCAACCAUCCAUCGAGCCCAUUCACAUGCCAGGCUCACUAGAUGGUUGCUGCAGUGGAGGGAUCUAGGAUUUAUAAAUUAAAAUCUAAACUGGGAAAACAAAGACCGUUUAAACCACACCUUAUAUGCGUAUAUUACGCGACAAACACCCGUUCCCACCAGGGAUGGUUCAUGUUGCCAAACAGGGUUAUUUACUAAAGUGAGAAUUGUUGGGAAAUGAAAGUGAAUUUCAAAUUUAAGGCUAAAAUAUCCAAACUGGAAAAAUCCUCCAAGUCAACUAUACUUCAAAUUAGGCUCCUUUUGGCAUCCAAUUUGAAAUUCACCUUGAAAUCCAGACAGUUCGCCCUUUAAUGAAUAACCCCUAAAGUGUUGCACAUAAAGAAAUUAAAUGAUUAAUAUUUCGAAUGUCUAUUCACUUGUAUAGAAACAGUGCAAUAUCGAACUUAUAUAAAUCCACUCGUGUCCAAGAGCCAAAACUGACCUCUGUAUUUAUCAUUUAAAAUAGCAGCAAUGUGAUACGAUUGCAUUUAAAGAAAUAACCACCUUAAAAUAUACAUACAGUAAUGGUGCGGUAUUCAUUUAUAAUCAACUUGUUUGAAUCACUUGCUAAAAUAAUUGAUGAGAAUACCCUCUGUAGGGUAAUCCCGAUAGCAAUUCUUAGUGAGAAUAUUGGUUUGUGAUCUGUUAAUAAUGAUUUUAUGUGUUUCACAGCCCAACUGAUGAAAAAUACCGGAGUAAUUGUUGCUAAUGAUGUAAACGCCGAACGUCUCCGGAGUGUGGUGGGAAAUCUGCACAGACUAGGAGUUACUAACUGUGUCAUCUCUAAUUAUGAUGGGCGACAGAUUCCAAAGGUGAGAAGUCCAAUUUCAGCAGGAAACACUGGGUCAAUUCUACAGGCAAAGUUCAGAUAAAUAUUUUUAUUUUCUGAUUAUGAAUCACUGGCAGAAGCACAUUGUUGCUAUUGAACAAGGUAUAAAUGUAUUAUCAGACAUUUCCUAAUAUCUGUGAGUGAAUCCUUUUAUCCUUACGGUCUACCAUAUAAUCUGAUGUGUAGAUCUGUUUUUAGCAAUAACUUGAUUAAGUCUGCGUUGCCAGUUACCCACGAAACCCCGUAAGAAAAACUGGGAUAAUCUCAGUCACACUCUGACAAAGUUAAACCACUUCUAUGCUUUCAAGGUUGAUAAAAGGAGUAUCUUUAAGUCGGAUUUAAAAAAAUAAAUUUUACUUUUGUGUGUGUGUGUGUGUGUGUGUGUGUGUGUGUAUAUAUAUAUAUAUAUAUAUAUAUAUAUAUAUAUAUAUAUACACACACACACAGAUUUUGAGCGUUUUUUUUCAUUUUGUAUUAAAGUACCCUUGUUUUGUUUAUUAUUAUUUAUUUAUUUAUUUACACUUAUUAUUGUAACCUGAGCACCUGUUAAAGAGGAUAAACUUACAAGAAUACAAUAAGAAAUGUCAAAUUCUUUUUUCUCCCCCUUUUCUAACAGAUUGUAGGAGGCUUUGACAGAGUUCUCCUCGAUGCCCCAUGCAGCGGGACUGGAGUAAUCAGCAAAGACCCGGCCGUGAAAACCAACAAGGUACGUUGAAGAGUAGAUAAUUGGAGAGAAUUUACUAAUACAACCACUGGCACAAGUGUGCCAGUUCUCACAGUUUGACACCAUGCUAUGGCCUAAGAGUAUAGGCUUUAACCCCUUAACGACCAAUGACGGUUUAGGACAGUCAUCAGAAAUAUCCCCUUGAGGAACGAUGACGGUCCUGAACCGUCAUAACGUCUUGGGUGUACUUACCUGAUCGCCGUCGGUCCCCCGGCGGUCAUCAGCGCUCCUCCCGGUCCAGGGGGACUGCCUGUCUGUCCAGGGGGACUGCCUGUCUGUCCAGGCAGUCUCCCCACGGCAGAUCAGGACCCGGCGGUCACGUGAUUGCUCGUGUAUCUGCCUGCAGAGGGUCUGUCUUUGCUGACAGGCAGUCUCCCUGCAAGUGGAAAAUCCUAAAAUAAAGUUAAAAUUUUUUUUUAAAUCUGUGUUAAAAAAAAGUGUGUGUGUGUGUGUGUGUGUAAAUAUAUAAAUUACGCACAUGUAUAUAUACAAUAUAUAUUAUAAAAUAUAUUUAUAUCAAAAUACACUUAGCAUGAAAUUACAUAUGUAUAAAAAAUAAAUUAAUUUCAUAGAUAUACAUGUAGACUUCAAAUAUAUAAAUAUAUAUAUUAAUUCUACAUGCAUAUUUAAGUGUUCUUGCAUAGCAAGACCACUUAAUGUUAUCUCACAUAUAUUAUUAUUUACCACCCUAACUCCUCCCACAGUUUUUACACUACAUAGACUGUUAAAUACCGAAACGUGCGGAUUGUUCUCGAUUGGUGUGGAACGUUUUGCCGAAUGGUUCACGGCAUAUUGUCGUUAGUCCCAUAGGAAUGAAUGGCAAAAUGUUAAAAACUAGAGUGGGAGCAGGCAAAAGCUGAAAAAUCAGGACAUGAUUUCUAAACUGCCACCACGCCCUCAUUUUCAAGCCCACCUACACAAAUCUUAUAUCAAAACAUUCAGCUAUCCCUGCUGCCACUAAACAUAUCCAAGGCUAAGCCAUAGUCCUGAUAGUUUUCACAAUAUGACCAUUUGUUUGCAACUCACGCCGUCCAUUGACAUUCAUUGAAACUCCACUCUAGCCAGCUCAAACUUGAAGGGCAAUUUCUAAACUGCGACUGUGCCUUCAAUUUUAAUACUUCAGAGACAUACUAUGCAUCAAAAUGUAGGUCUGGGUCUUGUGAUUCUCGCAAUAUAAAGCUCUUCGCUGUAGGAUUUAUAGUUUUUAAAAUACGACCGUUUGAAGAUGGCAACCGCCAAAAUACUCUGACAGCAAGUGAUGUCAGACAGGGCCUUUUGUACACCUGCUAAUGUUUUUAUAAAUGUAUGUUUUAAUGUAACUGUGAAGCACUUUGAGCAACAACGUUGCAAUUAAAUGUGCUAUAUAAAUAACAGUUACUCCGCCCACUCCAGUUGAAGACUACUGGUGGAGGCAAGAACACUUCAUACAAUUUCCCCAGAAAUUGUAGCUUUUCUAGUUAUGUAAUAUUAUUACAUAAGUAAGUAAUUUUAUUGAUUGCAAUUUAAGGGACAUGCCUGAGAACCCAGGCCAAAAGUCCAGAGAAUUUAAUUUGCUAGCACUAUGUUUAACCCUGUAACUUUCUAUGACACCCUAAAACCUGUACAUGGGGGGGUACUGUUUUACUCGGGAGACUUCGCUGAACACAAAUGUCUUUCAAAACAGUAAAACAUAUCACAGCGAUGAUAUGGUCAGUGAAAGUGACGUUUUCUGCAUUUUUCACACACAAACUGCACUUUCACUGAUGAUGAUAUCGCUGUGAUAGGUUUUACUGUUUUGAAACACUAUUAUUUGUGUUCAGCGAAGUCUCCUGAGUAUAACUGUACCCCACAUGUAGUGGUUUUAUAGUGAUUUUGAAAGUUACAGGGUCAAAUAUAAGGCUUAUUUUUUUUCAUUGAAAUUUGUCAGAUUGGUAAUGUUGCCUUUGAGAGCAGAUGGUAGCCCAGGAAUGAGAAUUACCCCGAUGAUGGCAUACCAUUUCCAAAAGAAGACAACCCAUGGUAUUGCAAAUGGGGUUUGUUCAGCCUUUUUUAGUAGCCACUUAGUCACAAACACUGGCCAAAGUUAGCGUUUUUUGCAUUUAUAACACACAAACAAAUAUAAAUGCUAACUUUGGCAAGUGUUUGUGACUAGGUGGCUACUAAAAAAGACUGGCCAUAUCCCAUAUUAAAUACCCUGGGUUGUCUACUUUAAAAAAAAAUAUGUACAUGUGGGGUGUGAUUCAGGGAUUUAUGACCGAUAACAGUGUUACAAUGUCACUAUUGAUAAAUGUAAAAAAUAUAUUGAAAGAGCAAUUUCAUACUUGUACUUAUAGCCCUAUAACUUGCAAAAAAAAAAGCAUGUAAACACUGGGUGUUUUUAAACGCAGGACAAAAUUUUGAAUCUAUUUAGCAGUUUUUUUUCAUUAGCUUUUGUAGAUAAUUAAAAAGAUUUUUCAAGUAAAAGUCCAAAAACAUGUUUGUUUUUUUUAAAGUAAAAUAUGACAUGAUACAAAUAAUGGUAUGUAAAGAAAGCCCUUAUUGUCCUGAAAAAAAAACAAUAUAUAAUUUGUGUGGGAACCAUAAAUGAGAGCAGAAAAUUACAGCUAAACACAAACAACACAAAAGUGUUAAAACCGCUCUGGUCCUUAACGUACAACAUCGCAAAAACAGGCCGGUCCUUAAGGGGUUAAGAUUGGAGCUAGUUUAUAUUACCAAGGAAUGGAAAAGAUCACUUGGAAAGACAGGAGGGAGAAACUGGGAGUAGUAUAUAUGUAUGGCAAGGUUAGAAGAUGAAUCCUUAUAUCUUAACUUUACGUAUUCUUUAUCUAAUCAAUAUAUGUACUGCACACAUGGAGUAGCCAGUUAUAUGUAUUGACUGUUUAUACAUGUACUUACAGACCAUUCAAGAUGUCCAGCGUUGUGCCCACAUACAGAAAGAGCUCAUUGUUAGUGCUAUUGAUUCUUUGGAUGCUCAGUCGCCCACUGGUGGAUACCUGGUGUACUGCACUUGUUCAAUCACUGUGAGUAACAGGCCCCAGCCACUUUAGUGGCUUAUCUGACCAUUAUUUAUUUUGCAUAAUUUUUUCCCUGUUUAUCUCCCAUAUUCUGGGGUUUCUCAUACUCUUUUCACCUGUAUUCCUGGCAUUUCUGUCUGUAUUGAUCUUUCAGUGAUUUUUUUUUUUUAUAACUCCACAGGUGGAGGAGAACGAAUGUGUGGUGGACUACGCAUUAAAGAAAAGGAAUGUGAAACUGGUAGCCACCGGCCUGGACUUCGGGAAAGAAGGAUUCGUAAGGUAUGAAGCCGUAUUCCCCUCUCGUUCUGAAAACAUGCAGUUUUUUCACUAAACUGGACAUUAAUUUUGGCCUCCGAUCUAAAAUUCACGAGUCAGUCAAUCUUGAAAACUAGCUGAUACAGCGUUGAAAGUUUCUACUUUAGCUGUUUUGGCCAAAAAUUUGAAUUUUCUGGCAAUUUGGAUUAAAGGACCACGCUAGGCACCCAGACCACUUCAGCUUAAUGAAGUGGUCUGGGUGCCAGGUCCAGCUAGGGUUAACCCAUAUUAUUAUUUUUUUUUUUUUUUUUUUUUAAACAUAGCAGUUUCAGAGAAACUGCUAUGUGUAUAAAUAGGCUAAUCCAGCCUCUAAAGCCUCUAGUGGCUGUCUCAUUGACAGCCGCUAGAGGCGUUUGCGUGCUUCUCACUGUGAAAAUCACAGUGAGAAGACGAAAGCAUUAUGAAUGCUUUCCUAUGAGACUGACUAAAUGCGCGCGCAGCUCAUGCCCUGCAUGCGCAUUCAGCAGAGGAGGAGAGGAGGAUUUUAACCCUUUCCUCUCCAUCCAGCCCGGCGGGAGGGGGUCCCUGAGGGUGAGGGCACCCUCAGGGCACUAUAGUGCCAGGAAAACAAGUGUUUUCCUGGCACUAUAGUGGUCCUUUAAAUGCAACAAAAUAGGAUUUUAGACACUUCACUAGUGCAGGCUUUGUGUUACUACAUGUGUGUGAUUUUGGAAAGACUUUACAGUUUGUAGCUCAGACUCCUAACUAAUUCAUUUACUUGGUAAAUCCAAUUGGAUUCAAAAUUAUUACACCAGUUCUGAUUGAGAAGUGGACAUUAAUUUGUUGUAAAUCUUUAUUUAUGAAGGUAGGUGAAUGGUUAACAGAGAGAGGGGAAAAGGAUAGCAUGAAAAUAGCAAUAAAAAAAAAAAAAUUCUGAAUAACCCGCUCAUCAAUAAAGAAAUGGUUACUUGUCUCUAGUCCGUAGCCAUUUUAGACUCCAUAUCAGGCCAGAUAAUGCCAUCAAGGCCUGAAUCGCCUCAAUUUUAGUUAUACACUUCCCCCAAAGAGGGGGCAACAUUCUGCUUCCAGGGUUCGACAUCCCAACUGCAUUAAGGAAAUGCUUAGUAAGAUAUUGUUGAAUAUGAUUAUGCAGCAUGGCAGCUGGCUGAAAAGGAGUACUCCACAAUGGAGAUGACAGCCUUAUAAAAUUGUUGGUAUUUGUGGGCAGUCCCACCACACGGGGACAUUAUAUCAUUUAAUUCUUCAGUGAUGCGUCUUGCAUUGCUAGUCACUGUACCAAAGAUUUUCUAAUCCGCUGCCCCAGUCUUGACAAUGUAGCCGGAAGAUGUAACUUUCUGAAUGCUCUAUUUAUACAUAAGUAUCCACUUACUUGAAGACUCCCACACUUGGUCAAAUCCUCUGUGCUGGUGUUUCAAUUCCCGAGGUCUGUUAAAUGGAAGAUACACAGCACUUGGGUAAAUGCAGAAAGAAUUCCUUGCUGUGCCAGUUUAAUAGGAAUAGUACAGGCACGGCCUAAAUCCACCAGAGCAUAAUGCAAAGAUAACAAUUGCCAAGACCUAAAAUAGCUUUACAUGAGUUAGAAGGGGACGACGACUCUAAUCCUGAACACGUUUCACGUCUAGAUCGAUGCUUUCACGUCUAGAUGGAUGCUUUAUCAUCAUGUUGGUGAAGUGCUUUAAGAAUCACUCUAUGAUCGCUGGGUAUUAUCUUUGUGUCGUUGUCAAGAGAUGCCUCUAUGUUUUGUUUCAGAUUUAAAGAACGUCGGUUUCACCCGUCUCUUCGCCAGUGUCGCAGGUUUUACCCACAUACACACAACAUGGAUGGAUUCUUCAUUGCAAAAUUUCGCAAGUUCUCAAAUACCAUUCCAACCGCAACCAGUGGUGAGUCAGUCGUUCCAGAUUAUUCCUCCAUCUCCCCACCAAGCAUAGAUUAGGUGAACACCCAAUGCAGCAUUUUAAUAAUUCCUUAUUUUCAUCUUAGAUAAAACAGAGAAUCCAAACUCUGCUCAACCAAGUGAAGAAAAGGAAAGUGAACCCAACGCAACUACGGAGGCUCAAUCGAAAACACUCAAAGGUCCAUCCAAGUCACUGAAAAAGAGUCCAUCCAAGUCACUCAAAAAAGGUCCAUCCAAGUCACUCAAAAAAGGUCCAUCCAAGUCACUCAAAAAGUUUUCACCCAAGUUGACUGGAAAAGCUAAAGUCAAAAAACUCAAAAAAGGUCCACCAAAGACAAAAAAAAAUUUCAAGAAAAAGAAUAAAUAGUUUCCGUCAGAUCUGCUUGGCCUAGGACUGUGAUACAUUGCAAUUGUUUUAUCUCUGGCUAGUUCUCUGUGUCAUGCUGUACAGAUUGAUCUGCUGCUCUACAAUACUUGUUUAUGUGACUUUUUUAUCAUAAAUUUGAGUACAAGGAGAAAUAUGGUAUGGACUGCGUUGUCCUGUUGCGGGUGGGUUAGGCAUCAGAACAUAUUGUAGGCACUAAAAAAAUUUUUAUUUCAUUGAAUUGGUUAUAUUGCCUGGAGUCCCCUGCUACUGUCCCUCUAAUCAGUGACAAAACCAUUAACUUGGAUGAGGGUCCUUGGCCACACAGCGCACCCUCCACUGGAGUUAUAUGCUGAGUGCAGAGGUUUCACAUUUAUUUAUAAAACAAUGGGUAGCAUUGGUUGGCUGAAAGUGGUCAGCCCAAGUAGCACUGAAGGGGAUGGUACUCUUGUACAUUUAAUGCUGAUCAUAUGGCAGGCACCAGCGGCCUCUAGACCCUAUAACCACUUCAACUAUAUGAAGCAGUUGCAGAGCUUACAGUGUGCCCAUAGGUACACAUUUCCUUUUUAAACCUUGCUCCCUUUGGUGUGUAUCUCUACUACAUCUUCACUCUGCCACCAAUUUAACUUUUACCAUCUGCUAAAAGCCAACUAUACUCACCAUGACUUUUCUCUACAGUAAAUGUUAUUGUUACCAUUCUUACCCCAGUCUUGUUUAGUUUUUUUUUUUUCUCAAACUAAGUGGUUUCUCUGAUAGUUACAUAGCUGAAAAGAGACUUGCGUCCAUAAAUUUCAGCCUUCCUCACUUUUGUUUUUGCUGUUGACUCAAAAGAAGGAAAAAAAACCCAGUCUGAAGCGCUUCCAAUUUUGCAAAAACUAGGAAAAAAUUACUUCUUGACCCCAAAAUAGCAGUCCAAUAUCUGCUUGGAUCAAGCAGCUAUUACCCCACAAAUUAGAAGUUAUAUCCCUGUAUGUUAUGUUUUUGCAAGUAUUUAUCCAACUGCAGUUUAAACAUCUGUAUGGACUCUGAUAAAACCAUCUCUUUAGGCAGAGAAUUCCAUAUCCUUAUUGC